AUGCGGGGCCUGCGGGUUGCUGCGGGCUGGCUGCGGCGCGGAAAGGCAGCUUGGAGCAUCGCAGAGGACGCAUGUGCCCGCUGCUACAGCACCGCGCUGCCCGACAGCCUGCUGCCAGUGGUGGCCAUCAUCGGCCGUCCCAACGUCGGCAAGUCUGCCCUGUUCAACCGCCUGGUGCGGCGGCGGGAGGCCGUGGUGCACGACACGCCCGGCGGCCACGUCACGCGGGACUACCAGGAGGGAGUGGCCCGCCUGGCAGACCUGCGGUUUCGGGUGAUCGACACCUCGGGUCUGGAGCCCUUCCUGCCUGGGGACUCGAUCCAGGCGCGUGCCACCGUGCUCACCGCCACCGUGCUCGCCCGCUCCGACAUUGCGCUGUUCCUCGUCGACGGCAGCACCGGCACGCUGCCAGCAGAUGAGGAGUUGGCGCGAUGGCUGCGCAAGACGGUGGUGGGGCCGGGCGCGACCGGCCCCGCCGCCCGCAGCUGCGCCGUGCUGCUGGCAGCCAACAAGUGCGAGCGGCGGGGCGGCGGCGGGGCGGCCGCGGUGGCUGCCGCGGUGGCGGAAAGCAUGCGGCUGGGGCUUGGGGAGCCUGUGGCCCUGUCUGCAAUGACUGGAGAGGGCAUGACCGACCUGUAUGCGGCGCUGCAGCCGCUGCUGGACCCACUCACCGAGGCGCGGCGGGCGGCGGUGCAGCAAAUAGAGGCCCCCAGCGGCAGCGGCAGCACGGACAUCGCCGGCUACAGCAGCAGUGACGGCAGCGACGGCAUCAGCGGCAUGGCAGCGGCGGCGGCCCCGCGGGGGCUCGGCGGGCAAGGGGCGGCGGUGCAGCAGCAGGCGGGGGGCGGGGAGUGGGGGAAGGAGGACCCGAAGACUAGCAACAGCGGCGGCGGCAGCAGCGUGCCGUUGAGAAUAGCCAUCAUGGGCCUUCCCAAUGUGGGCAAGUCCACUCUGGCCAACUGGCUGCUUGGGUCGGAGCGGUGCCUGACGGGGCCCGAGCCGGGGCUGACACGGGACGCCAUCAAGGAGCGCAUAGAGUGGGAGGGGCAGGAGGUGGAGCUGGUGGACACGGCGGGCUGGAUCAGGCGCACCAAGCUGGCUAAUUAUGACGAGUCGGGCGGCGCGGUGGCGCAGCAGACGGUGGCUGAGGCGCGCGGCGUGAUGCAGUUCGUGCAUGCCGUGGCGCUGCUGGUGGACGCGGCGCGCUGCCUCGAGCUGGGGCAGGGGCUGACGCACCGAGAAAUCACGCUUGCAUCGGAUGUGGUGGCGGAGGGUCGCCUGCUGCUCAUCGUGGCCAACAAGCUGGAUACGCUGACGCCCGCCAAGCGCCAGCACGCGAUGCGCCUGGUGCGGGAGGCUGUAGAGGACAACCUGCCGGACGUCAGCGGCGUCCCCAUCAUCGGCAUGUCGGCGAUGACUGGGGAGGGCGUGGGCAUGCUGCUGCCGGCUGCCGCCGCCAUGUAUCGGCGGUGGAACCAGCGCGUGCCCACCUCUCACCUCAACCGCUGGAAAGCUGCAGAGUACCAGGUGGGGGGCGGGCAGGUGCUGAACCGCAUAACAUACAUCUCGCAGGUCAAGGCGCGGCCGCCCACCUUUGUGGCCUGGGUCAGCGGCAGCACGGCGCUCUCCGCCCCCUCCCAGCGCUUUGUGGCGGCGCAGAUCCGCAAGGAGUUUGGUUUUGGAGGCGUGCCCAUCCGCAUCGCCGUGCGGCUCAAGCAGCCGCGGCGGCAGAAGCGCGCCAGAUGA